CUGUGCAAGUUUUGUGUAGUUUUGCAGGUAAUCAAUCGGCUGUGCAGCUAAGACGGAUUUAAUCAUAAAGCGAAACUACAUAAUUUUGAAUGUAUUACACCGAAUUCGGUCAUUAUCUGCAUAGCGUUUUGAUGUAGCUUUUGUCAUACACUAACCAAAGUAUCUGUGACACUGGCUGGUUAUGUGGACACGGAGCGGGCACACGGUGGAUCACUUACAAUUUAACUUUUAGCGGUGCAUGAUAUCUACCUGUACCUGCAAUACUAAAAUUCAUAUCUAAGAAACAAUUCACAAUAAACAGGUGAUUCAUUAUUCCAUCAAGGAUUGUAAUAUGUGACGUUGCAUUUGUAAAUUACUAUGAACUUAAUUUGUGAAUGUUAAUCUGGGAAAAUCCAGCUUUGUUUGACUUUUCAUUUUUACUCAGGUAAUCGACACAGGUGUAAAGUGUGUAACUUCAAAGAUGUCCAACGAAAAACUAUUCAGUAUCCAGACAGGGAAAAUUACCCAUUUCACGGAGGUGGACUAUGUGUUGUUUGGACUAUUAUUGGUGAUUUCUGCUGGUAUCGGACUUUUCUUUGCCAUCAAAGACAGAAAGCAUAAUAACACCAAGACCUUCCUGAUGGCGGGGGGAGAAAUGAGUCCCUUCCCGGUGGCUCUCUCCCUCCUGGCUAGCUUUAUGUCCGCUAUCACAAUCCUGGGGACCCCGGCAGAGAUGUACAAUUACACUACGAUGUACUAUUGGAUAGGGUUAUCCUAUCUGUUUGUUGCUUUUGGGGCUGCCCAUGUGUUUAUGCCUAUCUUUUAUCAACUAAGAGUAAGGAGUGCGUAUGAGUAUCUGGAACACCGAUUCAGUCGAGGGGUGAGAACAGCAGGCUCAAUGACAUUCUGCGUACAAAUGUUGUUGUACAUGGCCCUAGUGCUCUAUGCCCCAUCAUUGGCCCUGAAUUCAGUGACGGGGUUUACGUUAUGGGGAUCGGUUAUCUCGGUGGGAAUAGUAUGCACACUGUAUACUACAAUAGGUGGUAUGAAAGCUGUACUGUUCACCGACUCUUUCCAAGUAGGAAUGAUGUUUGCAGGGUUGUUAGCUAUCUUAAUUCAGGGUAACAUCGAGCUGGGUGGGUUUCAUGAGGCAUGGAAAAAGGCCGAAGAAAGUGGAAGGGUGUAUUUUGAUGAUUUUAGUCCUGAUCCCAAAGUCCGACAUAGUGUCUGGUCCCUGGUGAUUGGUGGAACCUUUACCUGGGUAGCCAUCUAUGGCGUCAAUCAGGCACAGGUCCAGCGCUAUUGCACCUGUCCUUCUCUAAGGAAAGCCCAAAUAGCUAUCUGGCUAAAUUUCCCUGGUCUGUGUCUCAUCUUAUAUCUGUGUUGCCUGAUUGGAAUGGUGGUCUAUGCUUUCUACAGCACCUGUGACCCCUUCUCUUUUAAUCUUGUUAAAACAUCUGAUCAGUUGCUUCCUCUUUUUGUGAUGGAUGUGUUGGGGCACCUUAAGGGGUUUCCAGGCCUCUUUGUAGCAUGUUUAUUCAGCGGAGCGUUAAGCACCAUCUCCUCUGGAUUGAGCGCUCUAGCAGCUGUGGUGUUAGAAGACGUUAUCAAGGCAUACAUGUUCAAAGACCUGUCAGAGAACGCAGCCACCAACACGUCAAAGGGGCUCGCUUUUGUAUUUGGGAUUAUAUGUCUGGGAUUGACCUACGUAGCCUCACUCCUAGGUGGCGUUCUACAGGCCGCUCUUUCGUUAUUUGGAAUGAUAGGCGGUCCUCUUCUGGGGUUGUUUAUUUUAGGAAUGAUGUUUCCAUGGGCCAAUAAAUGGGGAGCCUACAGUGGUCUACUUCUGGGUUUGGUAUUUAUGUUUUGGAUUGGUGUUGGGGCACAGAUCUAUCCGCCUCACAAUCCAAAGUCCGCCAUUAAUAUAACCGGCUGUAACUGGAACCUCACCACCCCCGCACCUACACCCACCCCGAUAUCUUCAUUCAACGCUUCUACCACCGCCGCUGCCAUUAGCUCCACCACUGCGCUCUUAAACCCUACCACUCCUACUGUGGUUGAAGAAACAAAUGUAUUCCAGGAUCUGUAUGCGCUGUCUUACAUGUGGUACAGCGCCACAGCUGUUCUCUUUGUCGUCGUUGUGGGUCUGAUUGUUAGUUUUCUGACAGGGCCUCAGGAUCCCAAAGAUUUGGAUCCAAGACUAAUAUGUCCUUUGUUUGACAUCCUUUUUCCCUACUUGCCAGAAAAGAUCAGAAAACCUCUUAGGUUUGGGGUCAGACAUGGCGAAGUGAACGAUAAAAUUAAAAAAGGAGAGGGAGGUGUAUAUGCUGAUGUAAAUAUAGACAUAUUGAAUCAAGAAAUCCAAGUAGAUUCCAAUGGGAAAACUAAAGAGAUCCAAGUCAAUGGUAGCAAGAGUAUGGCAAAUCAGAGCAUCCCUAAUGGGACUCCCAAUGGGGGGUUUGUGGGAGAUGAAACAGAAAUGGUUUCCCGGUUAUGAUCUUUAUCCACGAAAAACAUUCCUUGAAAAAAGUGCAUGUUUCAAAUUGAUUUUCCAUGCUGCAGACAAAAUACAUUUUCAAUGUAUACAAAGCAUAGCUGUUGUUAGUUAAACUUUAUAUUUGUUUUUUAUCUACUGUUGAAAUGAAACCAAUCCUAUACUAAUGUUGAGAUAUUAGUUUGAUUACUCUAAAUGUACCAGUAAUAUCUAGGAUGAUAAUAUGCGAUGUUUUUCCCUUCUUAAAUGAACCAAUUUGAAGUGCCUGUUGAUUAUGUGUAAUAUCAUAUGAUGUUGUUUCGUUAUGAGUAAUUAUAUACCUAAAACAAAAUAUGUACAUUUGUAUAUUUACAUUUAUUGACUGGGUAAGAGGACAACAUAUCAACUGUUGGACCCGAAGACACAAAUGUUGACCAAUGACAAAGGUCCAUUAAGGUCAAUUAAAUAACUGCCCAGUAAAUAACUGUAUACUAUAUGCUUGUAUAUACUUAACAUUUAUUUAAUUGUGCUUAUUUGCCUUUAAUUUUAUUUUCAGAUUUUUCUUUUGCUUCUUUAUCGUUUAUACUUUUGACGUUAAGAGAUAAGGAGUCCUUACAGUUUUGUCUCAUGAAAAAGGAAAUCACUUCAUUCCAUUCUUUCCGUUUAGCCCAAUAUACAAAGAGACUACUAAACAUUUUAAAUUUUGCCUGAUAUGUACAUAUUUAGUGACAUACUCGGACAAAUUUCGCGUCGGUUGACAAUGGCUUUCUCGGGGGCGUCAAUUUCAAUAUUACCCUCCCAAAAAAAUUACUGUUAACUAGUUAUAAUGUUAUAGGCACUUUUUUCAGAAAAUUUUUAUACAGGGAUAUCUACUUUAAUUAUGUGUAUAUAUUUUGUUUGUUUGUAUUCAUGUUUAUGAAAAGAAACUUGUGCCUGUUUAUGCGUUAUAAAUAUAAGUAUUUAGGUUUUGCAUUGAAUAUUAUAUACCGAGUCCAAGACAAAAACGCGCACAUUAACUAUUUCUCGGGAGAAACAGUAACUGUCAAGGGGACAUUACAUGAUCUUGUCCGAAUAUUCAGUAAGUAUGUAAAUGUAUUUUAUUACACGUACAGUCUGUUUAGAUAAUCGAGUUAUCGGACGCAAUCUUAGAGGAGGGAGUGGUUGUCUCUUGCAUUUUGCAAAAGAUAUACAGAUAGGAACAUAUUUGCGAGUAAAAUAAUUCUAAUGACUUGAUAGUUUCUAUACUCUGUACAGUACAGUACAGUACGGUACAGUAGGGCCCAUUCAAUUUUAAUAAUUUAAUACUUAUAGCAAGAAUUUACUGUAUAUUCCAUAUAAAUGUCUCUUAUAAUCUCUAAACUUACCUUUGAAUGCAUCUUUGAAACUAUUCCUUACAUCCCAGAAAAACACAACAAUAUCAAACAUAUAUAAGAUUCGACUUGAAACAAAAAGCUUUAAAAAGGUAUUGUGAGAAAUUAUUGAUUAUUCAAAUGGAACAUAAAGUAACCGGCAAAUUAGCAUAUAAAACAUGACACAAUUAUGACAAUUUGUGUUAUGUAUACGCCUUUUCUGGGGAAGAAAAUUCAUAUCACACACUGAGAAGAACUAAAUAUUUGUAGUAUUAAAUCAAUAACAUUUUACGUAUUACAAUUUAUGAAUAUCGUGAUAAGCAUUCAUAUUGCAACAACACAGUUCAUCAAUAAACGAGUUUAAAAUAGAAUACAAAAUGCACUUCAAAUAUCUGUACAUACAUAUUAACAUAUUAACAUACAUUCAAGACUGUAUAUAUAUAGGGUAGAUCAAAAAUGCACCGAGCAGGGGAAAAAUAGUUCAAUUUGUUAUUCAAAAGUGGUUUGUAGCGUCAGUAUCCAAUAGAUGGAUUUAUAUUUACACCAGAUGGUGCGGGGCUGUCAUCUUUAUGAGAAUAAAAAUUGUAAUUUACAUAUGUAAUUCAUCAUGUCAUAACAUUCUUACAUCUGUCAUUCCAAGAAAGGUAACUCUACUUCACAAAUGUGAUUAUUUUUAUAUUUCAAAUUUCAAAGUAUUUUAGAAUAUAUUUCUCCGGUCUUAAUUAGAUAUUAAUUAGAUAUUGUGAAAACAUACUUAUCAUUAAAGAUUAUUGAACACAUCAUACUUCACAAA